AGAUGGCGGAAACUGGAGGGCACCGUUUCUGAUUCCAAAUGCGCCUACUGAUUUAAAGCCAUAGAAUGAUUUUCCCCAGACAUUCCCAGUUUCCUGGUGAGGAUGCUCUUUUUGUUCUGCGUUUCGAAAUAACAGUGGCCUAGUUGGUGUCCGUGGUCACGGAAGAAGGCUAAGUCGCGAGUUGAUUACGUUAUACCCAAAGGUUGCCGGCGCCGAAUCGGUUUAUAAUAAUUUUAACAACGAUACGUUCUAAUAAAGGGUAGGAGCCACGAGACCUCCAACUUCCCAGAGAAAACAAGUUUUGUCUGAUAAAGUUCUCGGACCAAGCGGCCCGCAACCGAGGUCCAACGGCCCCUCACCUCAUAUAGUGCCUUAGUGCGCGUGCGGAAGCUGUCAUAUGCCCUGAAGGAGGCCGACAAGAAAAAGAGGCGGGAGCCGCCAAUCCCGAAAGGAGCAAAAUGGAGCGCGAGAAGGAGAUGCAGUUCACCUGCAGCUAAUAUUGCGGCCGUCCACACCUCAGGCGGAUGAAGCUGGUACCAGGGAAGAGAAACUAGACCUUACCAAGAAGGUGAAGAGGCCUUCCAUCCUCUGCAGUGAACCAGAGACAAAAAGGUUCCACUUCAAAUCAGAGUCAGAACCCAGCUCAGCAGCCUCCAGCCCAGAGUGCUUUGCACUCUUAGAGAACAAAGGGAUGGCAGCAGCAGCAGUCAGCCCAGCCAAGGAGGAAAAGAAUCCAAAGCAGGCCUCAAUGAAGGCUGUUGAAAACGAAAGCACCGAUGAAGAACAGCAAAAGGACCUGACUGCAAAGAUAUUGGAGAAGGAGAGCAGUGAGGCAGAGGAGGAGGAGGAAUGUUGUAUCAGAACAAGUGAGGUUUGGGAGGAAGAGAGCCGUGAAGAGGAAGAGGAGGAGUACAAGGGCAGGACUGGGAAGAAACCUCUGACAAGAAACAAGGAGACAUCAGGCAAAGCCUCAGUUAGUAGGAAGCAGAUCAGGGAAGAAAGUGAGGACAGUGAGGAAAAACCUGCCCAGAGGACAGCCCAGAAGGUGCAGGAAAAUAAAGGAGCUAACAGCAACCAGGAAAGUGAACAGGAGAGUGAGGAGGAGAUCCUAGCUAAGAAGAAAAAGAUCAGAGAGGAAGAAGAGGAGGAGGAUUGGAAACCCAGAGCCAAGGGAGGGAAAAGGUCAGCUGGGCAGGAGGGGAGCCGUAUGGGAGACUCAGAGGACAGUGAAGAAGAGAGGGUAAAAGAGGUUGCAGGCAGUGGGGAUAACAAGGGAGAGGAAGAGCCCUUAGUGCAGAAGAAGAGCAAGGACAGGCCCUCAUGUGAGGGUGGAGAAAGGCAGAGUGGGAGCAUUGAGGCUGGAAAAGACACCUGGACGGUGAAACCAAUGGCUAAAGGCACUGGAAGGAUAGUCAAAUUGGGCAGUGUGAGUGGUGAGAGUGACAUGGAGAGGGAGGUGAGUGACAGUGAGGCAGAGGAGAGCCCUAAAGGGGAAAGGAAGAGCCUCUCUUCCAAGAAGAGCUCCAAGAAAGGCAGGACAUGCAGCUCCUCUUCUUCCUCAGAUGGAAGUCCAGAGCCCAAAAGAGUGAAGGCUGGCUCUGGUUGCCAUGGACAAGACCACCCGGCUGUGAUGAGACUAAAGCGAUACAUUCGAGCCUGUGGUGCUCAUCGAAACUACAAGAAACUGCUAGGCUCCUGUCGCUCACGCAAAGAGUGUCUGAGUGUCCUCCGAGCAGAGCUGGAAGCUCUAGGCAUGAAGGGUAACCCUUCCUUAAAGAAGUGUCGAGCUCUGAAGGAGCAGCGGGAGGAGGCAGCUGAGAUGGCCUCCUUGGAUGUUGCCAACAUUAUCAGCUGUUCAGGCCGGCCACGCAGACAAACAGCCUGGAACUCUUUAGAAGCAGCACCUUUAGGGGAAUUACAUCGCAGGGCUCUAGACUCAGAGGAAGAACAGCCCCGCCUUGCACCCUCAAAUUGGUCACAUAUGCAUGGUAUAAUCAGCAGUGAUGGCGAGAGUAACUGAAUCCCCCACCUCCCAGAACAGAUCCUUUCCAUGUGUAUAAAGCACAUAUGUAUAAUGUGGCACAAAGCAGAAGCAGCUUUCUUCAGUCCCCAAGGACAAAAGUUGUUGGGACACUACUUCUGAGCUUCAAAUCCCCUGUUUAAGAUGUUUAUUUUUUAAGAUUCAAUAAAGGCAUGUUUGUAAUCACCUUGUCAAAACUGGUCCCCAACUCCAGGGAGCUGAAGAGUGGCCUCUGCCUCCCACCUGCUCCUUUUAAUUUCCCCCAGGUUCCCAAAUGAGUCCCAACCUCCGUAUCUUGCCAUCAAGCCCUAUCGAAGGAUGGUCUCUUCCCUCCAAACUCAGCGUAACCUAGCGUGCCCCUCUAUCAUUCUUCUUUUAGCUGGGUCUGAUAAUUUAAAACCCAGCUGGGAGGAGGAUCUGAAUAACUGGCCUUAAAAAUGUGAAGCACAAAAUGACUGGAUAGCUGGUGCUUAUAUCUUCCUUCCCCUUUCUGUAAACAGCCACUUAGCCCAGGGGCUGACACUUUCAUCCUAAAAGGGGAGGGCACAUGACUGUAUCAACCAAUCAGCACUCCAAGCCCCUAGGAUCCAGCCGAUGAAGUCACUUCAAGCCUCUGCUGGAACUCUUGGUUUUGAGGAUUGCUAGUAAGAUGUAAGCUUGGAUCUGCAGGGGGUCUGUGUGACAUGAACCUUGUAAGAAUCUUUGAAACCAGAGGAGCUUAGGUUAGGCUGAUGACCUUUAAGGCCCUGAAUCCAGUCACUAAAAUCACGUAAAUUUUUAGUUACAUAGCCCAAUAAACUCUCUUUUAAAAUACAAGUAAUGCUACCACUUGCCAUUAAACAUUCCUUAUACACCUUAGACAGAAAGGUUGAGUCCUGGGGUCUGUUAGAAUAACCAACAGUUUAUUAAAAGCUUGCCUUGGGGUUCUAUCCCAGCCCCACAGCUGACAGGGGCUCCCUUGACUGCUCCCAGGCCAGGGAGCAGCCCCUUCCAAGGUCUUCCCUGUUCCCCCGCCCCAGCUCUGUUCCCAAUUUAAAAAAAAAAAAAAAAAGAUAAAA